AUGACAGUCCAACUGUUGAACGCUACGGCAUCUGAAACCGACUCAAAUAAUACUGCCGAUCCAAGGAUAGUCUUUCGAAAAGUGUCUCCUUACCAUGACAACUCGUCGGAUGUUCUUCCCCUUCGCGUGACUGCUUCUGAUCCAGACUGGAAGGAUCAAAUCAAAAGAGUCGCUACCUCUAUUUGUCCCUUUAUGAAGAGUUAUUCCGACUUGAAAAUAACUCCCCUCGGCGGAGGCCUUUCGAAUGAACUAUUUGUCGUACAAGGCGAAAGCAAUACUACUGAUAAUUCUACCACUCUGGAGCAGCAAGUGGAAUCGAAAUCCGUGUUGGUUCGCAUUCAUCCUUCGAACAACACUAACAAUCUACCCGGAAUUGUCGAUCGCGACAUGGAAAAUUCGAUAUCGGCGUGGUUGAGCUCGCAACAAGUGGGUCCCAUGUACUACGGUCGGUUUCAAAAUGGACGCGUCGAAGAGUUUUAUCCUCAACACGAAACACUGAGUUGGGACGAUAUGAGUCGGGUGGGUCCUUCACGGAUUGCUCCCAUUAUGGCUCAUUUUCAUUCGUUAGAUGUACCCGCCACGGUGCUCUCGCGCUCGAAUAGUGACGAUUAUCGUGGGGAUAUUUUUCUGCGCGUGCGAGAAUGGAUACAAAUGGCAGAAGCACUUUGUUGUAGUGGAGAUCAUACGAGUGCUACUACUACUACAAACCCAAAGGCAUUGGCCAUGUUGAAGCAGCUACAAGAGGAUUGGAAAUGGCUCGAAGAAAACAUCCACCAAAAUAAUACCGACGAGUCCAAUCCGGCCCAACAGGCGGCGCAACAACUCAUGCGACAAAUUGUGUUUACUCAUAUGGACAUGCAGUCACUCAAUCUACUCCGUGAUACCACCGUCCAAGAACCGGACAGUACCAUCAAAGUGAUUGAUUUUGAAUACGCUGGCUUUAAUCCACGCGCCAUGGACAUGGCCAAUACGUUUUGCGAACAUUGCGACAUGAACAAUAUCCAAGCCGAUUAUGCCACCCAAUAUCCAUCUGAGGAAGUACAAAAUGCAUUCCUGCAACGGUACUUGGAGCAGGCGGCGAAUUGUGGUGAUGAUGCUGUCGUUCAGCAGGCACUGGCGCAUGUCCAGGACGAAUCGUUUCUACAGACGGCUCGUCUCGAAAUUGGUCGCUACACGUUGGUGUCACACAUCAGUUGGGCCGUUUGGUCGGUGGUACAGUCGUUCAUGUCGGAUAUCGACUUUGAUUACAUUCACUAUGCCAGUCACCGAAGGGAUGGUUAUGAGUUCAUGAAACAAAAGUGUUUCGAGGUGUUGAAAUAG